GAAAAGCCGAGCGUUGGAGAUCUCCCUACUCAUCUCUGAUACAAGUUCUAUGUCCAUUGGCGUGGUCAGGACGAUAACUCAAGACGCGAAAUUAAUCAUAAAUUUGGUUUAAUUAUUGCAGAUUAUCUAACUGCGUCCUGAUGAAGUUGUGAAAAAUAAUCAUCAGGUCAAAACCCAGUUCUUAGCGCAUAAGAAUGAACGUGUUGCGGUUCGUGCCGAACGUGAUCUGUAGCAUCACAAAAUGUGAUGGUUAUGUAGCAAGAUAUUAUGCCUUCAAGUCGGCUCUCAAAAUAAAAUGGGUUCGGCCCGAAAAAAUUCCAUUUUACAAGCCAGAAAAAACCGGGGACCUUGGUUUGAAUUUGAAAGUAACGUCGAAAGAUUUUGCUGGUAGAUUUGGCGAGUCUAAAGAAUUGCAAGACGCCGACGAAGUAGUCAAGAAGCUGUUUACGCUAGAAUAUCUUCCAGAAAUGGAAACAAGAAAAAUGAAACGAAACGAAGCAGUCGCUCUUGUAAGGAGGCAUGAAUUAGACUGGGGCUCAAUGGAGGCAAAACUUGCAAAGAUGACCGCUAUUAUUCAAGACAUGCAAAAAACAAUGGAUAAAUUUCCUAGGAAUGCAAUCCUCAAAGUUGAACUCAACGAACUCAUUCAUAAGCGGAAAAAAUUCCUCGGAUAUUUACGCCAAUGGGACUAUAAACGAUUCGAAUGGAUUCUUGAGAAGCUCAACUUGGUCUAUAAACCAUAUCCUCCAAAACUUCUCCCAGUAACGCGGAAAGACUCACUCCGCAAGCUAACCCAAAAACAUUGUGAUGAAAUUGUACAAAAAAAGUUGGAUGCUUACAAAGCUGAGCUGACCUUAAAGCAAAAACAAUUCUUCAAAGAAAAAUCAGAAAAGCUUGCCUUCAUCAGACAAGAAGAGUUGGAAUGUGAGUUAGAACCUACUAUUACCGAAGAAGAAAUACAAGAAGCCAAGAAUAAGUACGAAUCGCUUUAAUAAACAUAUUUCUUUACCCAAAUGACUUGGACCCUGUAUAUACAUAUGAAUAAAAAUUAUAUACCAAAUAUUAUCCGAAUAGCGACUGAUGAUUGAACUAAAAUUGAAAUAGAAAAAUGUUGAAUAACUAAGUAUUAAGUGAUAUAUGUAAACCAUGAUUCCAUUUUAUUUAAUUUAUUACAUUACAAGAUGAUGUUAAAAAUAUUCAGUCAGACGUUUAAACAUAACUCCUUUUAAAAUAUUAAUUAUAGCCAAAAUACAGUUUGUUCGAAUACAUUAUAUGCUCUAGGGUGAUCCUUAUUUGGCAAUCGGAAAAAUUUUCAUUGGAAGGCCCUCAGAUCUGUUCCAAAUCAUUAAAAAAAAUCUGUCUCAAGUUUCAAUCCUUUACAUCACUGGAACACAUGCCGCUAACGUCUGAAAGUUUUAAAUGCAAAAUACAUAUAGUUUUUAUAAUCAGUUCUUUCAUUUUGUAUGACUUUGGUUUAAAUUCAGAGAUCAAUUUGAAACUUGGCAGAGUUUUUCCUUAUAAUAAUAGAAACAAACCGUGAAAAUUUCACAAUUUUAUUAAUUUAAAAUAUAUUUUUUUUUUAUACAAGCUUAAUAGUAUCACUUUUAUUAGGCUCGUAUAUAAGGAAAUAAUAAUUAUAGGAUUUUGAAAUUUUCAAGGAUUGUUCCUAUCAUAAGCAACAACUCUGCCAAGUUUCAAAUAGGUCCCUCAAUUUAUACCAAAGUCAUACAAAACGAAAUAACUAGUUUUAAAAACUACAUGUAUUUUACAUUCAACGCUUACACAGCUUAGAGGCACGUGUUCCAGUUGACGUAGAGGCUUGAAACUUUACACAGAUUUUUUUUUAAUGAUUUGGAACAGAUCUGGGGGGCGCCCCAAUGAAAAUUUUUCUGAUCCCCACAUAAUGACCAACGUAAUACGCACACAUAUGUUGAAGAGAAG